GCUCAGUGCCAAACCUCGCAGUCAGUCCCAAUUCCAAAUUUCCAAGUCAACGCAGACAAGUCUUUCAAACCUGCGUCGGCCGCCAUUAAAAUACCACCAACCAAACUUCCCCUCCACCUCCAAUCCCCACAUCAUCUCAAUCCGCGCAGAAAAUCUAUGGAAUUAAUGAAUUAACGAAUCCCAAAACCAUGUCUCCCCUCCUCCUUCCUCUUCUAUUCUUUAUCACCUUCAUUGUCUCAAACCCGCCACCAUGCUCAGCCCAACUGUCCGCCUUCUCUAUCAGAGACCCCCCAUGGACUCCAGCUCAGCAGAACAAAACCCUCCUCUCCCCAAACUCGGUCUUCGCCGCCGGUUUUCUUCCCCUACCCACUUCCCCAAAUCUCUUCAACUUCUCAGUCUGGUACCGCAACAUCUCCAUAGGAGACUCUGUCGUUUGGUCCACCAACGCAAAGACUCCGGUUGGCCUCACGGCAAGACUUGUCGUCACCGCCGCCGGCGUGCUCCGUCUCAGCAACUCCUCCGCUGGUGGAAAUGUAAACUUGUGGCCAGGACCUCACUCACAGAAUUCAAACACCACCAGACUCGUCCUCCGCAACGACGGUAAUUUGAUCUUUGGCAAGUGGGAGAGUUUUAGUUUUCCAACCGAUACCAUAUUGCCAAACCAGAGUAUGUCAGGGACUAACAUGACUCUCUUCUCCAAGAAUGGCAAGUUCAGCUUCGUCAACGCAAGCAAAUUAGUUUUCAAUCAGACCGACGUUUAUCAAACCAUAGACAACGCUUUCCAGAUGCUGGACUCCACCGGAACACUGAAGCAGGAAAAUGGAGAUUCAUUCAUUGUGUCCGAUUUCGGGCUGAACCGAUCUCGAAGAUUGACCAUAGACGACGACGGGAAUCUCAGAAUUUACAGUUUCGAUCAGAGCCCUAGAGAAUGGACCGUCGUUUGGCAAGCAGGGUACGAAUUGUGCAGAGUUCACGGCAUGUGCGGGCCUAAUGCCAUAUGUGUCAGCGAUGGUUCGAGUUCUUCAUACUGUGUAUGCCCACCUGGGUUUAAAGAAUCCGACGGUGGAAUCAAAGAUAGUGGAUGCGAAAGGAAAAUUGAGCUCACGAAUCUCGCCAACACCAAAUUUCUACGGCUUGAUUAUGUCAAUUUCACAGGUGGGUCGAACCAAACCAAUUGGCCAGCCACUAAUUUCAGUGUUUGUGAAUCGAGGUGUUUGGCUAAAAACAAUUGUCUCGGGUUCAUGUUCAAAUACGACGGCAAAGGCUACUGUGUGCUUCAACUCGAUAGAUUAUUAUACGGGUACUGGUCUCCGGACUCAGAAACCGCUAUGUUUCUUCGGGUGGACAACUCGGAAGUCGACCGGACCAACUUCACCGGGAUGACGGAGUUGCUAGAAACGACAUGUCCCGUUCAGAUAAGCCUCCCUCUACCGCCUCAAGAAUCCAACGCAACGACAAGAAACAUUGUGAUCAUCUGUACCCUUUUUGCAGCUGAGCUGAUCUCCGGGGUGCUUUUCUUCUGGGCUUUCAUAAAGAAAUACAUCAAGUACAGAGACAUGGCCCGUACCCUGGGUCUCGAGUUCCUUCCCGCUGGCGGGCCCAAGCGGUUCUCGUACGCCGAGCUCAAAGCCGCCACGAAAGACUUCUCAAAUCUCAUAGGCAGAGGAGGCUUCGGCGAUGUUUACAGAGGAGAGCUGAGCGACCAGCGCGUUGUGGCCGUCAAGUGUUUGAAGCACGUCACCGGCGGCGACGCUGAGUUUUGGGCUGAGGUGACCAUUAUUGCUCGGAUGCACCACCUCAACUUGGUACGCCUAUGGGGCUUUUGCGCUGAGAAAGGUCAACGGAUCCUAGUGUACGAGUACGUCCCUAACGGGUCCCUCGACAAGUACCUUUUCCAACCGGGUCGGGUUGUGUCUUCGGAGCCUGAGGAAGAAACGGGUGUUUUGGUGGAUAACGGUCAGAAACCGAUACUGGAUUGGGGGAUCCGGUACAGGAUUGCAUUGGGAGUGGCGAGAGCCAUUGCUUAUCUUCACGAGGAGUGUUUGGAGUGGGUUUUGCAUUGUGAUAUCAAGCCGGAGAAUAUACUUUUGGGUGACGAUUUUUGCCCCAAGAUAUCGGAUUUCGGGUUGGCGAAGCUGAAGAAGAAAGAGGACAUGGUGACCAUAUCUCGGAUGCAGGGGACCCGCGGGUACAUGGCGCCCGAAUGGGUGAAGAUGGACCCGAUCACACCCAAGGCAGACGUGUACAGCUUCGGGAUGGUUUUGUUGGAACUUGUGAGUGGAGUCAGAAACAACGAGAUCCAAGGGUCAAGGAUCGAGAGCGAGGACUGGUAUUUUCCGAGAUGGGCUUUUGAUAAGGUGUUUAAGGAGAUGAACGUGGAGGACAUUUUAGACCGUCAGAUCAAGCAUUCUUAUGAUAGCCGGCUGCAUUUUGAUACGGUGAAUCGCAUGGUGAAAACGGCCAUGUGGUGCCUGCAGGAUCGACCGGAGUUGAGGCCGUCGAUGGGGAAGGUGGCUAAGAUGUUGGAGGGGACGGUGGAUAUCACUGAACCAAAAAAGCCCACAAUAUUUUUCCUCACCGACGACUAGUCUCCGGACUAGAAUAAUGUGGUAGAGUAGUUGCUUGCUGUCUGACCGUCUCACUCCCAAUUCCCACGGACAGUGGAUCGAGUUUGGGCCUGUUGUAACCCAAAAUUUGGGCCUUAGAAAUUGUAUAAUAAAAUCUUAAGAGUCCAAGGUCCAAGAUGUGAAUAAAGCUACAUACAAUUAUGCUUAUAAAUCAGAUUGAAUUUUAUAAAAUAAAAGACAGAUGGAACCAAA